AUGGCUCACCGGACGCGCGGGCCUCCAGAGCUAUGCUCCAGACGCCGCUCCUCCGCCGCCGCCAGAGCUGCUAACUCCGGAGGCCGCUCUUCACCGCCCUGCCCGCCCGCUGAGCCCCUCGCCGCCCCGCCCGCGCCGCCCGCGCCAUCCAACUUCUUCCCGAAAGUCGUUGUCGCUGCCGCCGCGGCCGCCGCCACAGCGAUGUUGGACAAGAUCGAGCCGCCCAGACCCUACACUUGGCGGUCGUCCGCGGACCAGACGACGACGGAUUCCGGCAGCGAGUCGCACCCCCUCAUGUCAUCGGACGCCAGUCGCCGAAGCUUCGGGGCGACGUGUAUGUUCCCGGAUUCCGAAACCAGCGACUUCGAGGCGACAGCCCCGUCGACGCAGGCGCCCCGGGAGCCAACGCCCACCCCCGCGGCCCGCGCUGCCAACCCCCGGCAGCUGGCGUCGGCGCGGCGUCCUUUCAGUUAUCAGAACCAUCAAGAUCAGCUUGCUGACGCCACAUACAAUCGUUUUCACUAUUACAAUAAACUUCGAUCAUAUGCUCCAUAUGAAGAUUCCACGUUGAUGAUUCCUGACCAUGUCAUUCCAUUACCUGUAUUCAUUCCCUUCAUCCCUGGCCAAGAACGUAAUACACAGAAACAGAGUAGCUUGGUGACCAUUUUUGCAGUCUGGAAUACUGUUAUGGGAUCUUCUCUAUUAACUAUGCCUUGGGGUAUAGAACGAGCUGGUUUUGUCACCGGAAUAAUUCUCAUGGCAUUAAUGGGAGGUAUUUGUUUGUACACUACAUAUCGUCUUCUGGAAAUUAAUAAAAUUCAUGGUGCAGGAAUUGUUGAUGGUGAGGUGGCAGAUUUAUGUAAACUGUUGCUUGGCCGACCUGCAGAAAUUAUAGCAAAGUUCUUUUCUCUUAUUGUUUUACUUGGAGCCAAUAUUGUGUAUUGGAUUCUUAUGACAAAUUUUUUGUAUCAUUCAGUGGAUUAUAUUUAUGAAAGAGCUGCAGGAAUUCCAAUUGAACCAUUGAUAAUGAAUGACACAUUGAGUACAUUAGUAUUGUGUCCUCGUGAAAAAAAUAACACUAUUCCAGAAAAUAUUGUAGAGUCUGAAUCAAUAUAUUCCCAGGUUUGGAAUAUAAAUGUAACAGUUCCAGUAUUUCUUGUGUUAAUUAUUGGCCCACUUAUAAAUUUUAAGUCAGCUACAUUUUUUACCAAGUUCAAUUCAUUAGGAACAUUGUCAGUACUAUACCUAGUAUUGUUUGUGCUGAUCAAAGCAAUUAGCUGGGGAAUUAAUGUUGACUUCACAAACGUUUCGAGUCCUUUAUAUGCCCCAUCUUUUUUGCCAAGUUUUCCCGCUUUAUCUGGAAUGUUAGCUCUUUCAUUUUUUAUCCACAAUAUCAUUAUUUCAAUAAUGAGAAAUAACAGGAAUCAAGAAAAAAAUGGUCGAGAUCUUUCCAUUGCUUAUAUUUUAGUUACUUUAACAUACACAUUCAUCGGUGCUGUCUUUUACAUCAGUUUUCCACUCAAGAAAUCAUGCAUAAGUGAUGUAAGUAUGGAAAGAAAUUAA